AAGGUUUAGCGCAAAUUUCAUCCACUCACUUGGCUAGAUGACAUUUGGCAUUAUGAUUGAUGUCAGUUCGUGAUGGAAAGUCAAAAUCUAGUUCUUAACCCUAACGACCAACUGUUAACCGUGAUUUUUAUUUCUGACACCAAUUUCUAACCCUCAUUUAAUCCUUAUAGGUAGGUGGACAAUGUGAAGGUCAUUCUUGCGCUGCUUUAAGGUCACUUAAGUAGGAGUAAAGCGAAUGAACCUCUCAACUGAUCAACCGUAUGAUUUCACAGAAGCAGCAGAAGAAAUAGAAGUUCUCUCUGCUAUAUAUGGAGAGGACUUUUUUAUCUUGGAGCCUGAGAACAGGUAAAUUUAUUGUUAAUUAUAUGGAGUCAUAGAGUCUACGAGAUAAGGAUCGACUCGAAAAUGGGUGAUACUACUAACAAGGAACAAAUUAUCCUGAAAUUCCAGCAAGUCGCUGGCUAUCCUUCGAUCAAUCCAGUAAAAUAUGAGUUCGUAUUGUGAUGUUAUCAUCUAUGUUUUCAGAUUGCAUGCACCUUGGCUCAAGUGUAAUAUUCUUAAUGAACUCGACAAACAAUUGCAGUUUGUAGUCUCGUCUUCACUUGGCUCUCCAGUUGUUUAUUCCUUGGUUGAGACUGUUCGAUCAUUCAUGUGUAAUUAUUUGUCUUCGAGUACUGAAAAUCUAACCAUUCAUAAAGUUGAAGCAUCAUCAUCACAGUCUGUGUUGGAAAAUCACGAACUAUCAUGUACGGUUGUAUCGGUGCCUUCAGUAAAAUCUCAUCUUCACAUAUCUCCCCAGAUUUUGCCAUUUGCUUUAAACUCAAAAGUACCAGAGAUUUAUCAUGGUGAACCGCUUAUAGAUCGUAAAAGCAUUUUCCAGGCUCAUUGUGCACGUGUUUCGACCCGUGGUGAAGUAUCCCUUUUUAUAUCAACACUGCUUACGGAUAGGAAAGUUGCUACAGCUACUCAUAAUAUCCUGGCUUGGCGUAUCUCCUCCAAAGAAGCUGACUGUGACGAUGAUGGAGAAACACAUGCAGGUGGUCGACUAUUACAUUUACUUACAUUAUCAGGAAUUGAAAAUGUAGCGGUUAUGGUAAGUCGAUGGUAUGGUGGUAUCCAACUUGGACCUGAUCGAUUCAAACAUAUCAACAAUGUUGCUCGCCUUUUGUUAACUGAACAUAAAUUCUUAUCGAAUACCAGUGACAUUAGUAAUAAUAAUGUUACAGGACAUCAGAAAAAGCAUAAACACGACAAAAAGAAAAAGAAAUAA